AUGAUAAUGCCAUCAAAUACACCAAAUGAAGCCCUCUUGAUACCGAACGAAGGUGUUUUGGACACGAUCUCGUCAUUUAAUGAAGAUGGUGCAAAUUAUAGCGUGCUUGAUUUAUACGAUGACGACGAGGAAAAUGACGGUAGUUCUUUGAUAGAACAAAGAGAGAUUUUAACGACGCGAGAGCUAGAGAAAGCAAAGGCAUUCACUAGCUUAGUCAUGGCAGACCCUGAAAAUUUUGAUAGAUAUGGAUUUGGCAAAAAAAGUUAUUUCAUUAGCCAAGAAGAAUAUGAUAAAUGGUGGACAGAAUACAGCAGAUAUAGCGAAAGAAGAAAAAAAAAAUGGGAGAACUAUCUGUGUAAGAAUAAAAUUGAUCUUCACAACGACAAUCCUUUACUAUAUCCUGCAAGAAACGAAGAAUUGAGAAAAUUUGUCAGAAAAGGUAUACCGGCAGAAUGGAGAGGGAAUGCAUGGUGGCAUUUUGCCGGAGGUCAGCAUAAAUUGGACGCCAACGUUGGAGUUUACGACAAUUUGAAAAGUGAUUGUCGUAAGGGCGCUGUUUCAGGGAAGGAUAUGGAAGCGAUAGAAAGGGAUCUUUACCGAACUUUCCCAGAUAAUAUACAUUUUCACAAGGAAUCGUUUCAAAUCGGGGAACCUGCAAUGAUCCAGUCAUUACGUCAAGUCCUAAUGACUUUUUCCGUUUAUAACACGGCUAUUGGAUACUGCCAAUCGAUGAACUUCCUCGUUGGCUUGCUAUUAUUGUUCAUGGAUGAGGAGAAAACAUUUUGGAUGCUGGUUAUAAUUACGAGCAAGUAUUUGCCUGGUGUGUAUGAAUCUGAUUUGGAGGGUGCGAACGUGGACCAAGGGGUCUUGGUGCUGUGCAUUAAGGAGUAUCUACCUGAGAUAUGGUCACAUAUCGAAUCGUCGUAUAUGAACGGCAACGGCAGUAAUGAGCAAGUGUCCGAGCCAAAAUCAGACCAACAAUAUCUUAAUAGACUUCCUACUCUGACCUUAUGCACGGCAAGUUGGUUUAUGAGCUGUUUUGUUGGUGUGGUACCCAUCGAAACGACGCUGAGGAUAUGGGACUGCCUAUUUUAUGAAGAGUCUCAUUUCUUAUUUAAAGUAGCGCUAGGGAUACUAAAAUUGAGCGAAAGCGAAUUUCUGGAGAGCAAAAGCCAAAAACUGUUCAGACAAUACUCUUCAUAUCCAUUUGGCAGCGGUGCCGAUACUGAUUCCACUUUCAAAAAAUUGAAGAACAAGAUCAAGACGCAAGAGGAAGCAGAUAUGGAGAUUUUGCAAGUGAUUCAAAAUUUCCCGAAGCGUUUGCUAAACCCAAACGAAAUCUUCGAGAAGGUGCUCAUGAAGAAGAAGAUGGCGUUGAAUAGCAUAACUCAAGAAAAAAUUGAUCAAGACAGGGGAUAUGUGGCGAUGGAGAGGAGCAGGCAAAGGGGAAGUAGCCGCCCAAAGGAGAAAAAAGCAGAAUAA